AUGAGGUUAAGCUCAGCCAUCGCCCCCUGGCGCCGAGGCCAUCUAUUGUGUCUCCUCUUCUGCUGCUUUCUGGAGAAUCACAAGACAUCAAUUAUUGCAAAGGCAAGAUGGACAGGUUUCGAUGUUACAGGUGUUGGGGUGACGGAUGACAGUGGUGGACAGAAGCCUGAGUUCGGUCCAGCAGAGUCGACGGUAACGGUACAGGAAGGGGAGACAGCUAAACUUCCUUGUGUCGUCCUCCACCUCAACGACAAGUCUGUGACGUGGCUCCGGCAGAGGGACCUACACAUUCUGACGGCAGGAUUUCACACCUACUCCGCUGACCAGCGCUUCCAGGUGGUGCAUGCUGAGGGAGGCACGGAGUGGACGCUGGUGGUUCGGUACUCACAGCUGAGGGACGCGGGCGUCUACGAGUGCCAGGUCAACACCGAGCCCAAACUCUCCCGUCACGUCACUCUCAGAGUCCACGAGCCGAGACCCACGGGCAUAGUGACCAAGACCAAAGUGUUCGUCGCUAACAAUACUGCUUCUACCAAGGAUGGAAACCUUAAGGUGGAGAUCUUGGGGCCACGGGAGCUGUACAUCGAGGAGGGCUCCUCUCUCACCCUCACCUGUCUGGUGACCUCACUCCGCGGUCCCUCAGCCCUGGUCUACUGGUACCAUGACACCAGCCUCAUCGACUACAACUCCCCCAGGGGCGGCGUCAACCUCAAGAUUGACCGAGGUCGAGGAGAGACAACGACCCGACUUGUGGUGUCGUCAGUGGGUCCUGGUGACUCUGGCAUGUACUCCUGUGUCCCCCAGGGUUCACACCCCGCCACCGUCCUAGUACAUGUACAGAAGGGGGACCACGAGGCGGCCAUUCAACAGGGAGGCCUUGGGGGGGUGUCUGGUUCUUCAAUCCCUCUCUCUUCUUUCUCUCUUCUCUUCGCUCUUCUUUUUCUUCUUUCAUUCCUUCUCUUUCUUGAUAUUGACUUUGAAGCCAAGUUCUCCAGUCAAACUUCCGCUGGAACUUGUGUCGAGACGCCGAGAGCUUCUCCCUCAAGCCAUGGGCCAGACUCUUGCUUCUUGCAACGAUGCAAAUCUUCGCAAGUUCUCCACUUGGCUUUAUUUUCCCAUCCUCAUCCAAAUAAGCCAUUCGAGUUGGCAUGAUAAAGUUAUUUUCUCCUUUUUCAAUAUUUUGUCCUCACAUUUUCCGUAUAUUCUGUGUCAUUUUGGGGGUCAGUCAUCGUACUGGAUCAGGAGUCAUUUACCCUUUAUAUUCAACCAUUUGCGAAACCUUUAGAUCUUUCUUUAUUCUUGGCGACUUUGUUGACAUUUAUUAAACAGUUUACGAUUUUGUAAACUUCACAAUACAAGGUUAUGAUUGUUAUCAACAACCUCAUAGCGCUUCGGAACUCAUAAACUGUCGAAUAAAUAUAAACAAGGAUGCCUGUGAUUAGGAAAAGAUGCACAGGUUUCGUAACGGGCUGGGUAAAUGCUAGAUUAAUCCUCGCUCUGAUUCUCUCUCUCUUCUCCCCGGUUGUGUGUCUCCUAUUACGCCCUUCACCUGUUCUCCUCUCUUCCUGUUAUAUAUUCUCUCCACUUCUUCUCCCACAGCUCCUUUGUCUCUCUCAUCUUUCUCUCUUCUCAAUUUCCUCGUGGAUUGUAUUUUCUUGUCGAUUCUUUCUUGAUCGCCACCUUUCCUUCAGGUAAAUAUUUAUACCCAGCAAACAACGCAUACACACCGCUGUAUACAGGCAACAACGUUGUAUCAACGCAUGGAGAACGUACGGCUCUGAGUUUACCAGCGAGAGAAUACCCAGAAGUUUACCAGGCGCGAAGACACUCCUCUCCUUACCAAGCCAGAGAUUGUACCCAUCAGUUUACGAAGUUAGCUUCCCACGCCGAAGAACGUCCAUCAGAAACUCUAAAACUCUAAAGUUUCUAUUUAAUUGUGUCGAAUCUCACAGAUAUGUUGAUCAAAACAUACGACAUAGAUGAUCUGUAGCACAAGCAGUCCCUGAUUCAUUCAUAAUCACAUGACUUAAGAGGACAACUUACUAUGUGAAAUAGAUAAUAUUCUUUAUCACAUGACUCCUAAUAAUUAAGUACCUAGUUAAGUUUUUCAUGUAAUUAAUUCCUAUUAAAAACAUAGAUUCUAAAGUCUUUAAUUUUAAGAACUGCAGUGUAUAAAAUUGUGUUUUGAUAUAAAGUAACACUAGUUUGUAGUGGACAUUACAUGUUGAUAAUAUGUUUGACCUAAUGCCUGAGUAAC